UAUGCGAUCGCAUUGGCUCUUACCGAUAAGCAGCGUGUUAUCUAUACGUCACCGAUAAAGGCACUUUCAAAUCAGAAAUAUCGUGAAUUACAAGAAGAAUUUUCGGUUAUUUUUCGAUUGGAUUGUGUUCUUGCACAAGCAGCCAGUGCAUGUGGUCUACACUGA